AUGCCACAGGCUCGCGCCCAUCCAGUUCCCGCUCUCGAACCUUCCGAGUCCGAAUCAGCCAGCUUGAUCGACGUCGACUCUCCCCAUGUUAGCUCAGUCAAGUCCGACUUCCAGGAGCAAGAGGUGAAGACCGAGACUCAAGCGGAGAGAUUGGAGCGCGAAGAGGAAGACAAGGCUCGCGCUGAAGCCCAGAAGGCGUCUGAGGCCGCCGAAGGUGCCAAGAAGAAGGCUGCUACCAAGAGCAAGGAAGUCAAGGAUGCUCUGAAGAAGGAUGGUCAGAAAUUGAGCGAAAACAGAGACAACCCAGUUGUCGUGGGCAAUGCCUUAAUAUGGGGUAUCACUGCCGUCGCCCUGGGAUACGGUGCCUACAAGAAGCACAGCGAGGGCCAAUUGGAUUGGCAAGUUGCUGGAACAGUGGCUGGGUGUGUUGGUGCCUUUGCCGUGGUCGACUACUUCGGUAGCAAGUGGCUACUCGAGAACAAGUAUCCUCCCAAAUAA